AUUUGUUUAGACAUGGCGCUUAUUUUAGGAGUUGGAGCUGGUUUCUUUACGUUAGCCCUGUUGUGGGCCUUAACCUUAUUUGUCUGUGUGUUGUUUGCUAAGGCCCAAGGCGCACUUCAAUAUGCUGGAGUAGCGGCUGUGCUUGUAUCAGGAUUGGUGACCGUGAUCUUGGUAGUGUUACCAAGGGAACCAAAAGUACCAACAGAUGAACAAACUGCCAUUAUAUACGACUAUACAAUAAUAUACCGAUACCUACUGAUGUCUGGAUGUCUCUUAUUUUUAUUGAUUGGACUGGGAGCCUACCUUGGUACACAUGUUAUGGAACCAGUCUAUGCAAAGUCAUUACGCAGACUGCGAUGAGGUUGAAGGAAUGUUUUUUAGUUAUGGACUUAGAUUAAAAAUGUAUGCCAUGGACUUGAAGUUUCUGGAGUUCGUGCUGAAAUUUGUGAAAAUGAUGUGUACUUUCAACAUUUGUCAGUUGUUUACAUUUUUCAGAUUCCAUUUUACCAAAUGUAAAUCGGUCAUUAUUUAAAAAGUGUUUCAUCCAUCACUGUUACAUUAUUCUGGUUAUGAAGAACAUAUACAUAGAAUUUAUAUUAAUUAAAAUAGUG